AUGCUACAUUUGAAGGUCCAGUUUUUGGACGAUUCCCAGAAGAUCUUUGUCGUGGACCAAAAAUCAUCUGGCAGGACCUUGUUCAACCUGAGCUGCAGCCACCUGAACCUCACAGAAAAGGAAUAUUUUGGGCUGGAGUUUUGGAGUUCUGCGGGGCACAGUGCCUGGCUGGAACUUCUCAAGCCCAUCACAAAACAGAUUAAAAUGGAUCCGGGCCAUCUGAAAGAAGAGCUAACGAGGUACCUGUUCACCCUCCAAAUCAAGAAGGAUCUGGCGUGUGGAAGGCUUCCCUGCAGUGACAACAGCUCGGCUCUGAUGGUUGCGCACCUCCUGCAAUCUGCGCUGGGGGAUUUUCAUGAAGAAACGGACCGGAAGCACUUGGAAACGCACAAAUAUUUGGCAAACCAAGAGUGUCUGAUGAACAAGAUCAUGCAUUAUCAUAAGAAACAUGGGGGCAAAACGCCAGCUGAGUCAGACGUGCAGCUGCUGGACAUCGCAAGAAAGCUAGAAAUGUAUGGGAUUCGGCCUCAUCCUGCCAGCGAUGGGGAAGGGACCCAGAUCAACUUGGCUGUCACUCAUAUGGGGGUGCUGGUUUUGCGGGGAAACACAAAGAUCAACACAUUCAACUGGUCCAAAAUUCGCAAGCUGAGCUUCAAACGGAAGCAUUUCCUGAUCAAGCUCCAUGCGAAUGUCGCCACCCUGUGCAAGGAUACCCUGGAAUUCACCAUGGCCAGUCGGGACAUAUGCAAAGCCUUCUGGAAGAUGUGUGUGGAAUACCAUGCUUUCUUCCGACUCUCCGAGGAGCCAAAGUCAAAACCCAAAGCCUUCCUGUGUAGCAAGGGUUCUAGUUUCCGAUACAGUGGCAGGACCCAACGGCAGCUGCUGGAGCACGGAGCGAAAGGCAAACUGAAGAGCUUGCCAUUUGAAAGAAAGCACUACCCCUCCCGAUACCACGACAGGCAGUGUCGUUCAUCACCAGACCUUCUGACCGACGUUUCCAAACAGAUGGAAGACUUGCGGCUGGUUUAUGGCGGCAUGGGGGCCUACUAUGGUGCCAACGGAGUCCACACCUCAGAGCCCACGCUAGACAGCAGGCGGAGGAACUCUGCAGUGGAUGUGACCUUUGCUGACGAACUGGAGCGCUCCAAGCCUGAGGAUGACCCAACACUCUUGGCCCAUUCUCAAAGCAGCUCCAUCUUCCCACUAGUCUACACAGAGCUGGAACAGGACUGGGAGCCAGCCGUCUAUGGCCAAAGGGUCCCGUUAACCUCCUUCCAGCCUAGUUACAAGCUUUCUGGGAACAGUAAGAGUACCUCGGCGGGCAACAUGCGAGAGGUGAACCCCAGGCAUCAGCUGGCUUACACCGAUGUGCCCUAUAUGGCUCCUGUCAACCAACCACUGGAUAUGGUUUCCCCUCAAGUCUUGUUCUACAUAGACAGGCCCCCGCUGCAGUUUACAAGGCACGCAAUGAUGAGCCCGGCUGAACAAAUGGCAAGCGGUGUGAACGUCCUAGGAGUGCCACCCAUAAAGCCUCAAAGGAGGAACCCUAGUCUAUCAAGAAUGAGACUGACCGAGCCAGAGCCCCUGCCUCGAACAAGCUAUCUUACUAGCGUCAGCAUGGAGCAAGAGGAUGAUGGGAGUGUCUUUGGGCAUGGGGUUCAAGAACACAUCCCUAAGAGAUCGUGGAGUCAGUCUGACAUGAAAACCAUCCGAUUCCCCUACGGCUCCGAGUUCCGUCCACUGGGACCAUGUCCUGUCCUCAGCAGCAGGAAGGCUGACAUUCUGCAGUAUGUCCUGGCUCACCAAGGCUUUCCACCAACUCCCAGAGUCCAGCGAACAUCUGAACGCUACGUGGGGAGUGGGACCGAGUCCAGCGACUCUGACUCAGACUUCUUGCCAGAUUACUAUUCCCUCUAUGGCAGAGUGGUCAAAGCACCGAGGGCGAGAGUCCGUCUGUCGUCGGGGAGCCUUCAGCUCGAGGGUGAGGACGAGGAGGUUUGCCGCUCUACCAGUGGGAUCGAUGAAAGAACUUCACAGGGAGCAUCCAAUUAUUUCACUUAAACGUCGUUCUCUUGCUUAAGCCAAGUUGAUCUUGGCCACUGCCCUUGGCCUUGGCAUGUGGCAUCUUGCUGUUUCUGCAGGUGUGAUUAAAACUCUGGAAGGUGCCAAUGCACAGAAUUCUGGCCUUCAAGAGGAACUGAAUCUGGUGUUAUCUGUCAGAAUAUUGAAAAGUCUGGAGAGGAACGUUGUCCUAAUCCUUGACCCAGUCCAGAUUUUGUUGGUGCUGAAGCACACAUUAGUGCUUGUGUGGCAAAUCUGUUAAAAGUCCUGUAUUGAAUUUAUGAGAAUGUCUCACAUUUCCAACUAGGUAGAUCAACAUCUCCUUAUA